ACUUUGUGUUUCUGUCAAAAUUCGUGUCUUGGCUAGACUUGUAUCAAUUGAACUUCUCUUAAUUAUUUUUUUAUUUGAUUUUUUCACUAAAUUUAUAACUUUAAAAUGUCACUCACCAAUGGAAAAAAAUCAGAAUUCAAUAAUAUCACCGAAAAUAAUUUAAAUCGAAUUCACAACACCGUAUCAAAGGUUGGUUAUUCUGAUGGUAUAACAGAUGGCCGGGAAAGUGUAUUCCAAAAUGGUUUUGAUACUGGCUAUGAAAAUGGACUUGCAACCGGUUUUGAAUUAGCAAAAUACAAGGCAUUUUAUGAAGUCAUGAACAAGAGUACUUCUGCUUCAGAGAAUCUAAAAUCUGAAGCUGAUAUCUAUGACCACCUUGAAAUUCCCAUUCCAACUGACAAGUCACAUUUCAUGGGAAAUGGUGAAGAAGUAUCAUCUCUCUCCCAACAACAAAAGAACUAUUUAAAUGAAAAAACAACUCUAUUCGCCAAGGACUUGCCUAUCGCUACUAAUUUAUUCUCUCGAUAG